AAUGCCUACAUAACCUUCACAUAAAAUAGGAAAAAUAUAAAAUAUAUCCGGUCAAAAUAUAAACAAAUGAGUUAUUAUAAUUGGAUAAUUAAUUAUUGAAUACAUUUAUCAGUUAAUUAAGUUAAUAAUUAUUGUGUUAUUGUUUAAAUGUAUAAAAGUGAAUUUCCGCGUGUUAGUGAUGAAAUUUUUUAUUAAACUUUUUAUUUUAUUGUGAAUAAUUUAAUUAAUUAGUGAUAAUAAAUAAUCAAUUGAAGAAUAGUAAUUUUGAAAGAUAAUAAUAUGUAUAAAUUAGUGAUAGAAAUUGAUAAAGUGAUUAAUUGUCAAUCGAAUGGUGAAAAAACGAAGGCAAUAAAUGAAAGUGCUGACUCGGGAGUUGAAAAAUCUGCUGCAAUUAUUUUAAAUUCAGCGUUUUGUGAUAAUAAAAAUAAUUUAAAUAAAACAAGUAAUUUUGUCAUAAAGAUUAAUAAUAAAAAAGAAGAUAAUGAAGAUGAAAAAUUAUAUGAAACUGAAGAAAUAAAUGGAAAUGUUAAAAAAGUAAAUAUAGUAGUAGAAAAAGGAGAAAAAAAGGAAGAAGAAAUAAAUGAAAAAUUUGAAGAAGUAGAUUUAGAAGAAAAAAUAGAAGAUUAUGAAGAAGAAGAAAGGGGAAAAGAAGAAGAUAAAGGAGAAAAAUCAGAAGAAACGGAAGAAGAAAUUACAGAAUUUUUCGAAGUAAAUAUAGUAGAUGAAGAAGUUAAUAAAAAAGCUGGAGAAGUAAACAUACGAGAUAAAGAAGAAACAAUUAAAGCUUUUCUUGAAACGAAAGAUGAUAAAAAAGCGUAUGUUAAUAAUGAUAAGAGUAAUAAAUUACUUGGAUUUAAAUGCCAUCUAUGUCAGAAAGCGUUUCUUGACGAAGAUGAUGUUAAGAUUCAUAAAAAAGAAGUUCAUCCUAAAAUUAAGAAAUGGAGAAAUUAUAAAAAAAAUAUCGCAGUAAAUAACAAUAAUUAUAAUUGUGAGAUUUGCAAAGUGGAUUUUCAUGAUAAGUCGCUGUAUGACGAAGAUUCUCUUGAGCACGAAGAAAAAUUAGCAGCUGUUGAAGAAAUCGUCGAAGUUCAAAAUAAACUGAUAGGUUUAACGAACUCAUUACCAGGUCAAGAUAUUUUGAAGUGUAGGAUUUGUAAGAUGGCGUUUAGUUCAUCAGGUAAACUUGAUGAACAUAUUAAUUAUUGUGCAGGUGAAAGAAAAGAUAAAUGGGAGUGUAUUAUUUGUCAUAACUUAUACGAAACUCAUCAACUGCUGUAUGCUCACUUUGAAGAUCAUGACGAUACGACUCGUCACUGACAUAUUUGUCAUAGAACUUUUGAUAGUUGAUAGAUUUCAUAGUUUUCAUAGAUAAUUUACUCAUAAAUAAGUGUCUUUAGGAAUUUUAUUAGUAUAACUAUUUAUAUUCCUUUAAAUUCUCAAUUAUUUAUUUCUUUAAAAAGUUAUUGUUGAUCAUUUUUCAUAACUUAGUCCAUAUUUUUUUUUAUAAU